AUGGGAACCAAGAAGCAUGAUAUCCUGUUCAUCUGUCUUGAAGUGUUCGUUCUGCUUGCAUUCAUAUCCAGCUUGCUAAUCAGCAAUUCAAAUGGUGGUAACAACUCACUAGGCUGGUUCCUCAACAACGGCACCGGAAGUGUCGCCAGGCUCUACCCUACCGAGAUAGCUCCUGCUGGCUGGACCCUCACGGUAUGGCAAGUCAUCCACAUCUUCGAAGGCCUGUUCCAUCUCUACGUUCUGACGUCACUGGUUAGAAGGAACGUCCAGGGACCAGUCUACCGAAACCCGGUGCUCAUUACACCCGUCAUGUUGCUACUGUACGGGUUCGUCGUCGCUCUCAACAUUUCAUGGGUGUUCGUGUAUGAUAGACAGUACGUGCCAGUUGCAUGUGGACUCAAUGCUCUCAUGCCGAUCGCAUUAUGCACACUCUUAGUUCUGCACCAUCGUAAAGUUGACCAAAAUGGCUUCAUCAUGAAACAGAAUCACAAGUGUGACCUAGUCCUCGUCCGAAUCAUCGUCCAGAAUGGUAUGGCCCUUUAUGCCACAUGGGUCACCAUAUCAACUCAGUUAACCCUCGCAACCGUCUUGACGUACUGGGGAGACGUGGAGCAGUCCAUAUCGUGUACAAUCAGCCUCUCAAUCGUCCUUGGAUUGUUUCUGAUCUAUUCGGUCCUCGAGAACUUCGUCUGGGAUAAGUACCUCCGCUACACCUAUACCGUCUGGAUGAUCGUCAUCAUCGCCCUCAGCGGCAUCAUUGCGAGAAACUGGAACCCAGAGAAGCGUAACGCCAUCUAUUCGGUCGUGAUCAUUUCAUUGGCAGCGGGGCUCUUCAUUUUAAAAAUCGGACUUAGCAUGUGGCGCUGUUGUAAGAGGCCACUUUAUACAGACAGUGUAUCAGAGUCCAAAAUGGAUCUGGAGUUAGCUUAG